AUUGGAUUUAUCGUCAGUCUUAUCAUUGAUAAUUUGUUUUUUCUUAUCAGUGCAGUGAGCGUUGUGCAAAAUAUUGUUAUUUUUCAAUUGAUAUUUGUUCGGUGUUAUAAGUUAAUUGCAAUUAGUUUUAAAUAAUGGCUAGUAAAAGAAUGCAAAAGAGUCUUAAAUUCAUCGAAGGUGAAUUGACCAAUCUGAUUUUGGUGAAUAAUGCUGAAUACUCAGAUUGCAGCCUCAUUGAGAGCAAGGCAUCAACAUCACCACAAUUUGAUGGAUUUAUGACUGCUAUUUUCAAAUUAAAUAUCACUGUGAAGAGUCAUAAGUCGCACGAGAAGAUAAAUUGUGAUUUGAUAGUGAAGCUGAUGAAAGGGUCAGAAGAUUUUCGUACAACGACCAAGUAUUUAACACAAUUUAGAAAUGAAGUUUAUAUCUAUGGGAAGGUCAUUCCAGCUUUUACUGCUUUCCUGAAGGAUAAAAAUUCAUCUAUAGAAUGCGAAAAAUGGGUACCAAAGGUGUAUUAUCACUUCUAUGGGAAAGUACCAGCUCUGAGUAACUUUCCGGAAUCUGUUCUUGUUUUGGACAAUGUGUCUUCAUUAGGGUUUAGAAAUCCUUUAUCUUACUUCGAGCUAGAUCUGGAUCAUCUCUUUUUCAUGCUGAAAACCAUUGGGGAGUACCAUGCUCUUAGUUAUGCUAUGAGAAUAUCUGAUGAAGAUCAUUUUAAGAAAUUGGUUGAUGGAAUAGUUCCUCUUUGUUACCAAGAUAACAAUAAUGGAGAUAAUGCUUAUGAUGUUUUGCAUAAGAUUGGACUAGUUCGUCUUUUUGAAUAUCUAGAUAGACGAAGUGAUGUCUAUGUGGGACGAGUGAAGGAUGAGCUUGAGAGUUUGAGAAGAAAGUAUCUCAACUGUCCUACUAAAAUGCUAGAUCUUCUUCGUGGAGAUGAUCAUCCCUAUUCAGUAAUUCAGCAUGGGGAUUACAAUCGGAAUAAUGUUCUCUUUAAGUACGAUGAUGGUGGUUCAAAGAAGCCAAUUGAUAUGAGGAUGAUUGACUUUCAAGAGGUCAGAUAUGGAUCUCCUGCUUUUGACUUGUCCUUUGUAUUGUUUAUGAAUGCUUCAUCGGCUACAAGGGAUCAACAUUGGGAGGAACUUCUUCAUUACUAUCAUGAUACUCUCUUCAAAUCCCUUAUGGAAAUUUUAGAUUGUGAUGAAGAUGACGAGAGACUGGAAGUAUAUAAGUAUGAAUCAUUCUACAAACAUUUUUCUCGUUUCGCAAUCUAUGGAGUAUUCAUCGUUGCCCACUUCCUUCCCUGGAUGGAUUGUUCUCUGAAGGAAUGUGAACUGUUGGCUUAUCAUUUUAAAACAAACAUGAAGAGUCAGGAGUUUUGGGAUAUUUCCAUGUCUGCAGGCGGAGAUGCCACCAAUGAAAAAAUUUUCGAUGUAGUCAAACACGCCAGUAAAAUGGGAUACUUAAAGGUUGUGCUCGAUGAAAAAGAGGCAGGAUAAUUGGGAUUAAUGAAAUAUGAACCUUAACAAGAGUUGUAAAGUAAUAAAUCAUAACUUGUCAAUCGGAACUCGUCGCUGUGUCCAGAUUGAGUUGACAUCUUGGGACAUCGUUGGUCCAUUGCUGGCUGGAUCGACUUUAUCUCAAAGUCCAAGCUUGCACGAGGACUAUACUGAAUCUACUGAAGUCUGGUAGGAUCAUAGUCCCAGUCAGUAUUAAUUUCGUUUUCAUUUUCGAAUUACUAGACCGAAACACUCUUGAUAGACCGAAAUAGGUCUUGGUGUCUUUUGAUUUAUGCUUUCGGUUUUGGAGUUAUCUUAUAGUUACGAAUUUCUAAAUGAUUAAUGUUUAUAAAAUAAGUUUAGUUUAAUUUAAUGCUUUAUGAUUAUUGAUAAUUUCAUUUACUAAUUGUUAUGUACUUGCUGCUGCUAUCAUCUUUGAAAUGUAUGAAUUUUUUGUAAAUGUUAAUAAUAACAUAAGAUCGUUGUCAUAACA